UCCAAGCCAAAGGUAAUCGAUAUUUCUUUCAUGACUCGGCCAAAAGACUGGAAAAAGUUCGAUGUAAACAGAACCUUUUGCAUACCAGCAGUUCGUUUGUAAACAUAUUGUUGAAAAUUUUGAGCACUUUUUGAAUUCGUUUAUCAGCUACGGAAAUCAUGCUAAUGAAUGAUAGUGGAAACGAAAGUGAGGACAGGUUGGAUUCUUUGUUUUCGAGUGGCCUGGAGAAAACUGAACAAAUAAUCGAAGUAAGACUGAACAAUAAUUCGGACUCGGAUGCGGAAAGCGAUAUCUAUACUAAAAUGAAUGAGUUGGAUGUGAUGUUCAGUGAUUUAAAAGAUAAAAACAGCUCAAUACCUUCAAAAGAUCAGCCGUCAACAAAUUUGGCUGAUCUUUUGGUGGAAUCGGAAGCUCCUGUUGUCGUAGGGAUAGCUAGCAACAGAAAAAUCUUAACUAGUGACAACAGCACCGAAUCGUAUUCAUCUUCCAUAGCAAAUAGUAGCGCUGUUUCCACACAAGAAGACGACACAAAACUGAAUCCAAAAGUCACUCAGAUCAAUACAUGCAAAAUCCUUCAACGAAAGCUGGAGCUAAAAGUUGAAAGAGCCAAACGCAACUACAGGCAGAUGUACGAAGAACAGGACUACAACCAAGAAACGGCUCCCAAAUCGGCAUCGUUGAUUCCGAUCUCUCGGCUAUCGAUCCCUGGGGGACCGCAGAGGGAGCUUCCCCUGGUUGACGUCAAUCCGACUGGUGGAAACAGUGACGAGGACGAUCUGGACCAGGUGUCAUUUUUCCCGAAGGCACCUCGCAAAAAUCUCAACGAUACGCACACCCGUCAAGAGUUGUCUGAUACGUUCAGCAUACAGGAGAUGACGAUCGAAUCGGACCAGGAAGACCAGCUGGAUUUCCAGCAAUGCCGGAAGCUCUCGAAUAGCAAAGGCUACAAAAAGAUUUUGAACCGAGGCGUCGGAGGUCGGAGGGCUUCCAAUGUAAAUGCUGAUUACCUGGACAACGAUAUGGAGGACUUUGACGAGGACGAGUACGACGAUUCUCAGAAUUUGGAGCUACUGCCACCGAAAAGUAGGUUUGACUUCAAGGAGCUGGCCCAACGGAUGAUGUGCUGCUUCCGGAGGAAUGAUUUUCUUUCCUGAGAUUAUGAGUAUUCGCCGGUUAGUGCGGACAGGGAUGCUGGAUAGAGCGCACCGAGCGGCGAACGAAUGUUACCAUCUGAAGACUGCCGGGAGUUUAGUUGCGUUACUUGUGUAGAAAUAUAAGUGUUUUGUCGAGUUCAGCUGACA